AUUGCUCGUUGGUCGUAAUCUAGGGUUACCAGGGUGCAGGAAAUCCUUAGUCGUUUAUCACUGGUAGAAUUUAAAAGGUGAAAUACGAGUUUCAUCGUAUGGCAAACCAAUAUGACCUCCCACUGACAUUUUUUGAUGCAGUUUUAUGGCUGUCCUACCUCCAGCAACGGUGAUCUGAUAGAGGGGCAUCAAGCAGAUUUGACCUUCACUUCCUGUUUCCUCUCAACACACUCAUCACAUGCGUCGUCGUCGUCUUCUCUUGAUUUAUUUUGUCGAGCCUCCCCGUCGCUUCACUUCAGUUAUAUUUCUGGUUCAUCUGGAGUCAUGGCAAACCUUUGGUUUUACUCUCCAGUGAUUUUUCUCUCUCUAUCCAUCCACAUUGCUUUUAAUCAAGGGCAAUUAAAAGCUGAUCCCAUUAGCGCAAGGGUCGCUGGGGUUUUCAUGAUCCCUGAAACCGGUACAUACCAGUUCACCGCCGCCGAAGCGAGGGACGCUUGUCUCAGGCUGAAUGCUACCAUAGCGACCAGAGAGCAAAUGGUGGUGGCGCUGCAGAGUGGAUUUGAAACGUGCAGCUUUGGAUGGACGGAUGAUGUGAAGAAAGGGAUCAUCCCACGCAUAACCCCAGAACAGAACUGUGGGAAGAGCGUAGUAGGGUUGGGCACUUGGAGUGUGCCGGAAAGCAAGCGCUUUACCGCUUUCUGCUUCAAACCAGAAGAUGCACCCACCACAACCGCCAUCGCUGCGGCCUUCAAGCCAACGGCUACAGCAACGAGGAAGCGUUAUGCCCGGCCCACCGCCUCCCCCACCCAAGUACCCAGACACACCCAGACUCCACCCUCAACCAAACCACGACGGAGAUCCCCCCCGAGACCUGCUCCUCGUGAUCCCGUUCGUUCGCCAAAACCGACUGGGCGUUCCUCUUGGUAUUCUUCCUCUUCCUCCUCCCCUUCUUCCCUCGCUACGUCCAGCACCUCCUCACUCCCGCUCCCCUCGACGGCUCCUCGUGGUACGCAUCGCGUGGUGACCUCGAGGACCCCCGCCAGGAAGCGGAAAUCCACCCCUGCUACCCCUGUGCGGGCCUCCAGCUUAUCUAGCUUCCUUCUACACCCCUCCUCCUCCACCAGCCCCACCACCACCACCACCACCACCACCACCACCACCACCACGAGAAGCCCCUCUGAGAACAAGCUCCUCCACCCCUCCAAGGGGUCUUUAGGAGGCCUCCAGGUGGCUCUUAUUGUGGUGGGACUUGUUGUUCUGGUGGUCUCUAUUGCCGCUGCCUCCUGGUACUGCAAACUGCAAAGGUUUUUAUUUCCCCCGCCGCGGGCCCGACCCCGGCAGACUAGGGAUGAGGCGGAGACCGAGAUGUCGAAGCAAGAGAGUGAUACGCACCUGCAGACCCAACUGUCAGAGGAGGCAAAGACCGAAGGCAAGAACGCCAACGAGGCCAAACCAUGCAUCCGUCCAUCAGACAACAACACCAUCGCCGCGUUGUAGGUGGAGUGGCUGCUUUUUACAGCAGUUUCUGUAAAGCGGUAAAAGCCUUGGAACAGUUUUUUUGAGCGUUUACUUGUGUGUUUGUGUGAGGGACUGUGUGCGUGAGUUCUUUUCAGAAAAAGAGGGUUGGUUCAUUAUUCAUGUUCUAUUUUCUGGUGAGGAAAAGUGUAUCAUUAAAUGUAUUCACAUUGUUUUAUAAAAUAAAAUAAUAAAAACAUUCAUGGUUCAA